GGCCGGGCGGCAGAGGACUGAUUUCUCAAUGAAGCGGAGCGGAGAGCCGCUGAGAGUCGCGGGGGAGGCAGGGUGCGGGACGGACACGCACACCCAGGCGGGCUCUGAACACAGACAGGGACUUCUCUCCCCCGUCGUAUCACGGACUCUGAAGCUUCAGCGACGGUCACAUUCGUUGCCAAGAAACGAGGAGAGCAUGUUUGCCCCCAAGAGCUUGGCGCAGGCUUCCCUCCUGGUCCUGCUUCCACUUCUGUGCAUCACUGCAGCCACGGGUAACAGCAGCUGCCCCCAAGUGUGCUCCUGCCCGACAUCACCCCCUAUCUGCCCACCGGGGGUCAGCCUGGCCACUGACGCAUGCGGCUGCUGCAGGGUCUGCGCCCGCCAGUUCAACCAGGACUGCGGCCCCAGCCAGCCCUGCGACCACAUCAAGGGUCUGCGCUGCCAGAUGGGUGCAAAUGGUGACCCAGAGCGGGGGCUCUGCCGGGCAGAUGCACAGGGCCGGCCAUGCGAGUUCGGCGGGCGCCUCUACCAGCACGGUGAGCACUUCCAGCCCAGCUGCCAACACCAGUGCAGCUGCAUGGACGGAGUGCUGGGCUGCAUGCCGCUGUGCCCGCACCGCAUGCCGCUGCCGGACCCGCGCUGCGCCAGCCCGCGCCUCCUGCGCCCUGAGGGCCGCUGCUGCGAGGAGUGGGUCUGCGAGGACAGCAACCAUGUAGGUGAGGGCCCCGUGGGGCCCCUGGCUCACCCCAAUGCCAUCAGCAGUGCAGUGCUGCCACCACCAGGCCCCCGCCACCCCGGCACUGCGGGCACAUUCCAAGAGUGGAAGUCCCGCCCCCACACCUUUGUCCAGUCCCUGCAGACCACCCAGUGCCUGCCGCAGACCACCGAUUGGUCAGAGUGCUCUGCGACCUGCGGGAUGGGCGUGUCCAGCCGUGUGACCAAUAGCAACGCAGAGUGCCAGCUCAUCAGGGAGACACGACUGUGCCAGAUCCGGCUGUGUGACCCGGAGGUCAGACUGCAGCUCAAGAGAGGCAAGAAGUGCCAGCGAACGGUGUGGCCCCAGGAGCCUGUGCGCAUCACGUUUGCGGGCUGCUCCACGGCAAGGCGGUACCGGCCACGCUCCUGCGGCUCCUGCUCGGACAGCCGCUGCUGCACGCCCUCGCUGACGCGCACGGUGCGGCUGCGCUUCCACUGCCCCGACGGCGAGAGCUUCUCCCGCCGGCUUAUGUGGAUCCGCCACUGCCGCUGCCGGCGACACUGCCCUGCCCACAGAAACCCCUCCGGGCCAUCCAUCAGCCUCCACAAUGACGUCCACACCUACGCCCCCCUCCGCCCUCGUUACCCCUCCCCCCCAAGCCGGGGUCCAGUGAAAGAACCCUAGCAGCGUGGGCACCCAGUAUCUCCCAUAUGAGAUUCCCGCCCAUAGCAAGCUCCCAUCACGCCAUUGGGCCUUCUGCCCAUCAGUCAAACCCUCAGGCGAUUGGGUGAUUGGCCAAAAAUAUUUGCUUGCACUUUAACAUUUACUCUCAUUGGAUUGGUGUGACUCUUAGAUUCAGGUCUAUCCUGUGCUCAGGCUGACUGCAAAAUCCUGCAGAUGUAACUCGACCUUAGCUGCCUUAGUUAUCUAUAUUAUCGAUGACCUUGUUGGAAAACCAGGAUUCGUCACGGGCCAACAACGACGACAUGAAGAGUGAAGAAACUGCACGUUUUUUGCAGUGGAACAAGUUGGAUAUGUCCAAUACUGGACAACAGCGACUGGUUGUCCAUUUGAACAGGAAUGUGGUGAUGAAUGACCUUAUUCUAAACUUCUUCUCUGGCCGUAUGCAACUGGUUAUUAUUUUUGAUAGAUUAGAGAAAACGUGGUAAUAUUGCAGUUUAAUAUUCUUUGCCGAGAGAGAAGUAAACUAUCAGCAGUAUCAAUAUUACUGAGAUACUAUCUGUUAAGAGACGUCCUGUCACAACUGAUAGGUAAAGGAAUGUAUUCGCAGGCCAAGCGGCUGCUUCCUGCAAAUGUCAGGCCCGCUCUGACUGUAAGGCGUCAGCUGAAGAGAGCGUGGCGGCCUAGUGAGGUGGCGUAAUGUCGGAGUAAUGUCGGAGUAAUGUAGGAGUAAUGUCGGAGUAAUGUCGGAGUAAUGUAGGAUGCCUCCCCUGUGGGCCUCUGCCUUUGCAUCCGUGUGCGUGUGGGAAGCGUGUGGGAAGCGUGUGCCAUGUAGACCGUGUCUGUACAGACUCUGCCGUUGGCAGAGUGGCGCUUUCUGGAAACCACUUCAUUUUUCGAGGUGUUUUAAGUGCCUAAGAGUCUUUUUGUAUUGAAAUGAAGAUUUGAUUUGUAUUUAAGCUAUUUUGUUUAAUAUAUUUCUUUAAUGUCUUC